GCCGCCAGCAAGUCAAAUUUCAUCAGCCGGGUCGCCUUACACUCGCUCAGCCUUGAUAAAGUGGCCAGCAGAGACGUCUUGUCGAGCAUGAGUAUCGGUGCUGACUCGCGCGCUGGAGUUGAUACAUAGGCGCUGCUGAUGGAAGUUACACUGGCACCCUAGGCCUGUCUCUCGCUGUCUGUCUGCCUGUCAGCUGGCAACUCGCAAGCCACCUGUGAAUAACAACCUCUUUUUCUUUACUUUCAACACGAACUGUGAGACUCUUCACUGUGAUCUGUUAUCAAUAAAGAUCACCUGUCUGUGACGCGCGGAGAGGGAGAAGAUUUACACCAGGCGCGAUAAGGAAGCCUUGUUAUUUCUCCCUGUGUGGCCUCAAGACAAGGCUCACCUACUACCAAGCCGCCCAGAAAUCCUGCUAGAGUGAAAGAAAGUGAGUGAUUGAGAGAGCCAGCAUUCACUUCACUUGCAGCUAUCGGCCUGGAGCAAUGGUGGCCUCGUUCUCUCCUCACCGUGAUGCUGGAGGCACCCUGCACCUCUCCUCCAGCAGCUUCCAUGCCACACACAAGAACUCGGCCCUGAGUCAACUUCGACGCUCGCUAUCGAGGAGUCCGUCCAAGACAACCGACUUCAGGUUGCUCUCUCCAUCUACGUUCAACUCGCCGGCAACCAGGCACCCAAACUUCACUUCGUCCAACCUCUCACCUUCUAAACAGACCUCCCACGGCAAGAUUCUUUUCGUUCCUAACCCAAACACUCCGUCUCCGGUGGCUAUCCCGUUCCCUCCCAGUGCAAAAAUCCAUCGUCCUCCUAUGCGCCGGAGUCGUUUCAUGCAUUCUUCCAAGACUAGUAGCUCCUCCAGUUCAGCCAAACGGGUCCUGGGUGAGUCUAGAGAUAACGGAAACUCGGCGGCUUCUCCAGAACUUCCCACCAUCGACACCAUGGAUGAAAAGGUCUCUACCACGCCGCCGAGCCCAGUGCUCUUCAGAGGCGGCCAGGAGAGCCCCCUCAUUCUAUCCUCUCCCAUCGAGCAACAUUCAGAAGAUACCUCUACCGCCGGACGGGAAAAACGUCGAAGUGGGAAUAUGGAGUCAACGACACCACUCUCCUCUAGCCCCUUAAAACGGGCAGAUGUCAACAUGACGAUGGAUUCCCUCGGUGCUGAGAGUCCCUCCGCCAAGCGUAGAAGCUUGCAUGGUGUCAGCUUUGGUGCCGACUUUGACGUCUUCGAGUCCAGCUACUCAGCAGUCAAUUCUCCCCUAAACAACUCGAACCCAAAGGAACCUCGGCUUCAACCACCGGGCCACUACUUUUCCACCAUACCAAAGCGUUCUUCCUCGUUGAGGCGAUCUACCAUCCAGCAACGACAUCCGGAGCGGUCUCUCUUUGUUCGGAAGAUAAGCGCGGAUAAUGAUGGAUCGUUUCAGCUACAGAACAAGAAUCGCAUGACAAUCGACAAUUCGACUUUUCUUCCCCUCAAUGGACCAGACUCUUCUCCAUCUCCGAAUCCAUCUACGUCUCUUUUCACAGCUCCUUCAUCAUCUACUUUCCACCCUCCUACCCAUCCUCUCUCUCGCACUAUUACGCAAUCCUCAUCCAGCUCAAGCGUCGGGGAUGACUCUCCCACCAACAGAGCUCUAAGCUCAAAUAUCUCGGAAGCCAAACCCAUCCUUAACUUUUCCAAGUCUCUUCCAAUUGGUGCUGUAGCACCAAGGGCUCCCAGUCUUCUGCGACAGGAAUCUUCCAAUGCCUCUGCUUCUCCCUUUUCCACACCGGAAAACUACAAGCUUGUGAAACCAUUGCCUGCGGCUUUCAUGUCCACCGGUCUGAUUUCGAAGAAGAACAAGAAUGUUUCGGACUUCCGUAACAGCUCGACUAUGAGCCACAACAUGCCCGAGACUCCUUGCAAGCGUGCAUCAAAUGUACUUUUUGGACCCAAGCCUCUGCACCAAGCCAACAGCGCAAAAUUUCUUCCUUACCACAAGUCUUCCAGCUCCUUCGAGACUCCCUUCACUCAUCGUGUCAAGGCUCCCUCUUCCCGCGUCGUUUCAACUUGCUCUCGCCGUGGGAGCCUGGCUAGUAUCGAUGGUGAUAUUAGCUCUAUUCCACGGUCACCAUCAGCCCCGUUUGAUAGCCAAUGUGCCAUAGACUCAGAUCUUCCUCCCACACCCACCAGGCGAGGCCUCUUCCCUCAACACGUCUCCAACUCCGCCCCAUUCCAAGUCCAAGCUGCAAGCCAACCCAACUUCGAUGCCAACAGAGGCGAAUCUGGUUUAUUUUCGAGCCCGUUCUACUGUAAAACGCCAGAGACCGGGCCUCCUAGAACACCACGGGAUCAUACUUUGACUCCCGAUGCCAGUAGUCUUUCGAUCACAGCUCCUGAUGACCACACCUUCAGUCUUGUAGAGGCAAAUGCCUCAGCUCUACCCGCAACUCCCACUGCUCCCCGUGAAUCGUUUCCAAAUCUCGGGAAACGAACUAGCUUCCCUCUUGGCGGCUAUAAUUCCCCUGAUAUUGACCCGUGCCUAAACUCACGCUUUGACAAAGUGGAGCUCAUUGGUACGGGUGAAUUUUCCCUCGUCUACUCAGUCUCAGAGCGUGUUUCUCCACCAUCAAGUCAACUCUUCCAGUCUCAGACGCCUCUCUCAUCUAACUCGACCCCUACCAACACCGGCAGCCGAAAGUUAUGGGCUGUCAAGAAAUCAAAACAGCCAUAUGCUGGAUCCAAGGACCGAGAAAGACGAAAUAAUGAAGUCGUCGCUCUCAAGGCACUCCAUGGCUCUGAUCAUAUAAUCAGCUAUAUUGAUAGCUGGGAGGAUAAAGGAUACCUCUAUAUCCAGACCGAGUUCUGCGAGGAAGGUAGUCUUGAUGUAUUUCUCUCUCAGGUAGGCCUAAAAGCUAGGCUUGACGACUUUAGGAUAUGGAAGAUCCUACUAGAAUUGGCACAUGGCCUGAAACAUAUUCACGAUACAGGUUUUAUUCACUUGGAUUUGAAACCAGCAAAUAUUCUCAUCACCUUCGAAGGGGUACUGAAGAUUGCAGACUUUGGCCUUGCUACUCGUUGGCCUGCUGCUGCUGGAAUCGAGGGUGAAGGGGACAGAGAGUAUAUUGGGCCAGAAGUACUGAUGGGCCGAUACGACAAGCCUGCAGAUAUUUUCGCUCUCGGAUUGAUCAUGUUUGAAAUUGCAGGCAAUGUUGAACUCCCAGAUAAUGGAGUCUCGUGGCAGAAGCUCCGAAACGGGGACAUGAGUGAUGUUCCAAGCCUGACUUGGAGCGGAGAAAGCAGCAACAUCCUCCGUGAUGCUUCGGGCAAUCCAUUAGUUGAAUCUUCGAUUGGAAACCUGUCUUCAUUUGACGAUUUCGACAAAGACUGCCCCUCAGAGGAUAUCUCUUCCAACUACUUCCGACCGGCUCAGCCAAAGGGCACCCCUAGUGCCCGCAGUGGGGAACUUGCAGAGCCACCAGCGUUUAUGGUUGAUGCAGAUAACGACCAAGCUCUUGAUAAACUAGUUGGAUGGAUGAUAUCCCCUAACCCUCCAGACCGUCCUGUGGCUGACGAAAUUCUUCAGUCCUUUGGGGUGCAAUGGGCCGAACAGAGACGUCGAGCGGGCGCCACGAUCUUCGAAGGGAACUGGGGACCGGCUGACGAGGUACUUAACGAGGACGCCGAAAUGAUGGACGUCUAAAUAUGAUGGAAACAGACACCUCCGUCACUUUCAUACUGAAAACCAAUAAUUCCAACGGUUUCUUUUAUUCUUUUUUUGUGUUUCCUUUUUUUCCGACAAUUCUUCGCACCAGUUGUGCGAUGAGAAAGCCAGGGGUUACCAACGGGGACAAAUACGGGAAAGGCGUUUUACUUUGGGCAAGGCAAGGCAAAGCCAGGAGUUCUCCCUACUUUUUUUCAAAUAUUUGGUUUGUUGACCAUCCAUCUCCUUUGUAAAGGGAUUCAUAUUUUUCUUAUUAUCCUUUUCCUUUUGCUUUUUCCUUUGUCGCACCUUUCUUUUGUGUUAUACCUAUUUAUCUUACCAGUGAUGUCAAUCUGGAAAGCGUCUGAAAGUACCCGCACUGCAUAGCAGCAUGAUAUUCUGAGUUAUGAUGGAUGGUUUUGUUUUAAUAACAAUGUAUACUACAGAUAAACUAGCUUGCGAUAUUUUAGAGAUGGUACUUUUACCUGUUACAGUAAUAAUAUUUUUUUUUUCCUUCACUGUUCUAUUGUCUCUAAUGAUUUUUUUUAUUCUACGUUCUCUUGUGCAAGCGCUGUUACUUGGAUGUUUAGAUACCCCUGGGGAUCUUCAGUGAUAGUCCUCUUGUCAGGCUAUCAGCCCACGAAGGCUUUAAUUCGACCCCUGACCCCGGCCUGCACGGAGAACUUGUUGUAUUAAGUAUAUCCCUCAUCUCGUCUGCAGAAUCAGCCGCGGCAAAUAGUGAUGCAAAUUGACGUCAGUAUACAACGGUUUGAUAUAUAUUAUCCAUACUCGGUCCUCUCCUACAGCCGGCUCUACCAAUACGCACAUCAAUACCAGACCUUAUAAACUGGAUACGGGCAUCAUCCAACAAUCCCAUCCCCCCAUCAUUUUGUUCCCAUGUCUGUCCAUCUCAGGCGGUCAAAGGGCAAACACGAUCCUUCGAGUUAUAUCCUUCCAAAACGUACCGUGUUUUGGCACAACGGGACUCCACUUGCAGGCACAGAGCAAUCUGCUUUGCUCCCCUUGGAGCCUUGGUCUCCGCCCUCUGUCUUGCUCGGUGAAGGUCCGCUCAGCUCAGCAACUCCAUGGGGUCGAUGGUUUGGGCGGCUCCAAAGCCUAUUAGCCUCAGCAGCGGGAAUUUCUUUCUUCCAGC